UGCUCGGCCUGAAAAGGCUGGGGGGAGCCGGUGGGGAAGCAGAGAAGGCGAGCGAGGCACCAGCCCGCAGCCCGCCCCCGGCACAUCCUCAGACGCGCAGACCGCGGCGAGGCGCUGGGCGAGGUGGAGGUGAGGGCGGGCGCGAGCGAACUCGGAGAGGGGCUCGCUCACUCCCAGGCGAUCCCAGCCGCCGCCGCCCCGCCAGCAGCAGCAGCAGCAGCAGCAGCAACAGCAGCAGCAGCCGCCGCCGCCGCCGCAGCUUCUUUCCUCGGACUCCCCUCGUCUGGCUGGCCGAGCGGGUGUAGUCGUUGGGAGGCUCCCGCUAGGGGAACCCGGCGAGGGCAAGAGCGGGGCGGCCGCCUCUCCCACUCGGGCCGUCCGGCGGUCGGUGCCUCCGCCCGCGUGUCGGUCCCGGGUGCCUGGAGAUGUGUGUCAGUUUACGCCUCUGAGAUCACACAGCUGCCUGGGGGCCGUGUGAUGCCCAAAGCAAGUCUGGGCUUUUAUUUUUAUUAUAAUUUUUUUUUUUUACGCUUGGCUUUCGGGAAAUAUUCGUGAUGUUGUAGGAUAAAGGAAAUGAUACUUUGAGGAACUGGAGAGGACAUAGAUGCGUUUUGUUUUUAAGAGAGGAAGCCCGUCCCCCCUUCCUGGCUUGCUCCCGCUUUGCUGAUUUCAAGAGCCACCCUCCUCUUAGGUGAGAAUCCAGCAAGAAUAAAGGUGAAGACGGGCCGACAGGACCCAGGAGGGAAACCCUGACCAUUAGAAACCUUUGCAGAAGACACUGUAAGGAAGAACGUAAGAGAGAGAAAAACACAAAGACUUAAAAUUUUACAAGACAUCUACAAAUCCAGCUCUGGAGAGAGCCUCCUUCGCCAAAAUGGAUAUGUUUCCUCUCACCUGGGUUUUCUUGGCUCUCUACUUUUCAGGACACGAAGUGAGAGGCCAACCAGACUCAGCCUGUGGAGGUCGUUUGAAUUCCAAAGAUGCUGGCUAUAUCACCUCCCCAGGUUACCCCCAGGAUUACCCCUCCCACCAGAACUGCGAGUGGAUUGUUUACGCCCCUGAACCCAACCAGAAGAUCGUCCUCAACUUCAACCCUCACUUCGAAAUUGAGAAGCACGAUUGCAAGUAUGACUUCAUUGAGAUUCGGGAUGGGGACAGUGAAUCUGCAGACCUCUUGGGAAAGCACUGUGGGAACAUCGCCCCACCCACCAUCAUUUCCUCGGGCUCCGUGCUCUACAUCAAGUUCACCUCCGACUACGCCAGGCAGGGGGCAGGCUUCUCCCUGCGUUAUGAGAUCUUCAAGACAGGCUCCGAAGACUGUUCAAAAAACUUCACAAGCCCCAAUGGGACCAUUGAAUCCCCUGGAUUUCCCGAGAAGUACCCACACAACUUGGACUGUACCUUUACCAUCCUGGCCAAACCCAAGAUGGAGAUCAUCCUGCAGUUUCUGACCUUUGACCUGGAGCAUGACCCUUUGCAGGUGGGCGAAGGAGACUGCAAAUACGAUUGGCUGGACAUCUGGGACGGCAUUCCUCAUGUCGGCCCCCUGAUUGGCAAGUACUGUGGCACCAAAACACCCUCUGAACUCCGUUCGUCGACCGGGAUCCUCUCUCUGACCUUUCACACAGACAUGGCGGUGGCCAAGGAUGGCUUCUCUGCACGCUACUACCUGGUCCAUCAAGAGCCACCAGACAACUUCCAGUGCAAUGUCCCUCUGGGAAUGGAAUCCGGCCGGAUUGCCAAUGAACAGAUCAGUGCCUCAUCUACCUACUCUGAUGGAAGGUGGACACCCCAGCAAAGCCGCCUCCAUGGUGACGACAAUGGCUGGACACCCAACUUGGAUUCCAGCAAGGAAUAUCUCCAGGUGGAUUUGCACUUUCUAACCGUGCUUACAGCCAUUGCCACGCAAGGAGCAAUUUCCAGGGAAACCCAGAAUGGCUACUACGUCAAAUCGUACAAGCUGGAAGUCAGCACGAACGGUGAAGACUGGAUGGUGUACCGGCAUGGCAAAAACCACAAGGUAUUCCAAGCCAACAACGAUGCCACGGAGGUGGUUCUGAACAAGCUGCACACGCCGCUCCUGACCAGGUUCGUCAGGGUCCGGCCCCAGACCUGGCACUCCGGCAUCGCCCUGCGGCUGGAGCUCUUCGGCUGCCGGGUCACAGAUGCCCCCUGCUCCAACAUGCUGGGGAUGCUCUCGGGCCUCAUCCCUGACUCUCAGAUCUCAGCCUCCUCCACCCGCGAGUACCUCUGGAGCCCCAGCGCCGCCCGCCUCGUCAGCAGCCGCUCGGGUUGGUUCCCCCGAGUCCCUCAGGCCCAGCCGGGCGAGGAGUGGCUGCAGGUGGACCUGGGAGUGCCCAAGACGGUGAAGGGCGUCAUCAUCCAGGGGGCUCGUGGAGGAGACAGCAUCACUGCCGUGGAAGCCAGGGCGUUUGUGCGCAAGUUCAAAGUCUCCUACAGCCUAAACGGCAGAGACUGGGAACACAUCCAGGACCCCAGGACCCAGCAGCCGAAGCUGUUUGAAGGGAACAUGCACUACGACACCCCGGACAUCCGAAGAUUCGACCCCGUUCCUGCACAGUACGUGCGGGUGUACCCCGAGCGGUGGUCUCCGGCAGGGAUUGGGAUGCGGCUGGAAGUGCUGGGCUGCGACUGGACAGACUCGAAGCCCACAGUAGAGACACUGGGACCCACCGUGAAGAGUGAAGAGACCACCACCCCAUAUCCCAUCGAUGAAGAGGUCACGGAGUGUGGGGAGAACUGCAGCUUCGAAGACGACAAAGAUCUGCAGCUCCCUUCAGGAUUCAAUUGCAACUUUGAUUUCCCCGAGGAGCCCUGCGGUUGGAUGUACGACCAUGCCAAGUGGCUCAGGAGUACCUGGGCCAGCAGCUCCAGCCCACACGACCGGACGUUUCCAGAUGACAGGAAUUUCUUGCGGCUGCAGAGCGAUGGCCGGAGAGAGGGCCAGUACGCGCGGCUCAUCAGCCCUCCCGUGCACCUGCCCCGGAGCCCCGUGUGCAUGGAGUUCCAGUACCAAGCCACGGGCGGCCGCGGGGUGGCGCUGCAGGUGGUGCGCGAAGCCAGCCAGGAGAGCAAGCUCCUCUGGGUUAUCCGCGAGGACCAGGGCAACGAGUGGAAAAACGGGCGCAUCAUCUUGCCCAGCUAUGACAUGGAGUAUCAGAUUGUGUUUGAAGGAGUCAUAGGAAAAGGACGUUCGGGAGAAAUUGCCAUUGAUGACAUUCGGAUAAGCACUGAUGUCCCACUGGAGAACUGUAUGGAACCCAUAUCGGCUUUUGCAGGUGAGAAUUUUAAAGGGGGCACCCUCCUACCAGGGACCGAGCCCACAGUGGACACGGUGCCCGUGCAGCCCAUCCCAGCCUACUGGUAUUACGUAAUGGCCGCCGGGGGCGCCGUGCUGGUGCUCGUCUCCGUCGCGCUGGCCCUGGUGCUCCACUACCACCGGUUCCGCUAUGCGGCCAAGAAGACCGAUCACUCCAUCACCUACAAAACCUCCCACUACACCAACGGGGCCCCUCUGGCGGUGGAGCCCACCCUAACCAUUAAACUAGAGCAAGACCGCGGCUCGCACUGCUGAGGGCCGAAGCCAAGGACGGCACCCAAAACAAACGAGAAAGACUACCAACACGUUGCCUCGAUUUUGCACUUUUUUCUCCUCGCCUAGUCUCUGUGUGGACUCUCAAGACAUCUCUGUCUGUCUCUCCUCUCUCUCUCUCUCUCUCUCUCUCUCUCUCUCUGGGGGCCCAAACCCUGUGUGCUUUUAUUCAUCCUGACCAUUGUCCUUGGGUUCUCUCUCUCUUGGUUUGUUUUUAUCCUUUGUUGAUUCCAAACCAACCACCCCCACCUCUAAUGCUGCAUCUUGGAAUAUGAGAAGAGAUACGCCCCUCAGCACUUCACAACUGAAGGCUCAGCUGGUUUUCUUUCAGAGACUGGUUCCCUGUUUCUUCCCCUUGCCUUAUCCCAUACCUCCUCCCGGUGGGCAGUGUGCCAGGAGACCGGAGAGGAAACCUGGAUCUGUGUGUUUGUACAUAGUAUAUACAUGUGCGUGUGAAUCGCUCUGUGUGUGUAUGUGUGUGUGUGUGUGUGGACGUGAGAGAGAGACUGGUUCAUUGUGGGGCUGGGGGGUAGUGUGUGUGGGUGUGUUCAGAGAGGACCCCCUUUAACCCUUGUGUUACUUCUCCGGGGGUACAUUCUCCAAAAAAAAAAAUAAUAAUAUGCUGUACUAGUUUUGUUUACUUGGAGAAGAGAUUGAAGCUUUUUGUUGCCUUAUCUAGCUCUGGCUGGGUUUCUGUUGGCUACCACUGUCCUCUCCAGGUACCUAAAAAAACUCGAGGCCGCAUGAAAUGAAAUGUGGCCCCUCCCAUCCCUAUCCCAUUCCCGAUCCACCUGACCCAAGAGGAAAGUUCCCCCAGCUCACUCAGACAUGACCCCUUGUCAUGUCUCCUGGAGUCUUGGAAGUAGCAAGAUGGCAGCCAUUGGGCGCAUGCAGAAUCAUCUCUACUUCCAGCCCUGAAGCAAAUCUGUCUCGUGUUGCCUUAUGAAAGGAAAGCUCAUAAUGAAUGUGUGGCUUUUAUCAGUUAAGUCCAAUCUUGGAAUACGUCAUAAAGCAUAACAAGUCUGAGACUGGCUUAGGAAAAGCAGUAGCCUGUUUAAGGUGGGAGCGAGAGGUGGAGGAGAGAAGGGAGGAGCAGGGAGGACUGAAUGUGGUCUUUUCAAAGUCUCCUCACUUGGGGGGUUUACUGUGCCCGACUUGGGAUGGAGUUGAGUAAGAAGCUUAAAAAUUGUAAUCUUUGGUAUUCUAUUGGUCAUUGUAAUAGCAUUUGUAAAAUAUGGGGGGAAGGGAUCAUUUGCUUUCCUUUCGUGGUGUUAAUGUGUGCCUGAAUCUAUAGCCACUAAAACAUAAGACUGUUCACCUGACUUAUUUAAAUAUUCUGAGGAUAUUCAGAAGUAACCAUUUUUUUAAAAUGUCAACUGCCAACCCUUAAAAUGCUACCCCUUAAAGCAUUCGUAGCAUCUGGCAAAUACACCUUCUUAGGCUGGCCUGGCAUUUCCAGAUGUUGCUGCAUCAGGAGAGGGUAUAAUGAAGAUAAAUCUGUUGCUGCCCAUGUGUCCUCUCUAAGCAACGCAGGGAGAGGGAUGUUAGAGAUAAAUUGCCUAAUGAUAUUGUACAAAGGAUAGAUUCAAUAAUGAAGUCAAUUUCAUUGAUAGAAAAUGCAUAUUUUAACGAGACGCUCAGUGACUUGGGGCUCAGCCUUGGGGGUGUUGAUUUCUCCGCUUCCUGCUAGGAAUCCACCAGGGAAGUGUGAGAUUCUCUCCAAAGAUGGUUGCCUGGGCUGAAAGCCUCCAGGUACCUUCUGAGAACAAAAUAUUAAUUUUUUUUUUUUUUUUGGCUGCUUGGGAGAGAGAGACUUUUAGCAUUCUUUCAGAAUAUAUUCGCAGGUCCCUCCAACACACGCUCACUUUCGCAUCUGGUUUGUUUCAUCCUUCUGAAAGAAAGGUGCUCUCCCACUCUUAUUCUAUUUCAAAGAGCUACUCUGGCUCAACCACAGAAGCUCUGCCAAGAAAAGAAAAGAUGAAAGGCUAGAGCAUGAGCUACCUUGAGAUUUCAAGUGUCCUACCCCAGCUGAAGAUGGAAAACAAAGCUGCGAGAGGGAGGAGGGGCACAAGCCCAACAUACCGUGUGAUGAAUUCCAUGGCAGUCACUACGGGCUUUUUAUCUCAGGUGUCCACAUCCAGCUGUGCAUUUGGGGCCAGGCAUUCCCUCGAAAUGAUUGACAUCCCCGUAGGCACCCCGUGGAGGUAUGGUGUCAGGAAAUUACACCUGGAAAAUCCAGCCAGUGUAGCAACUGUCUGAGUUACUUACUAUCUACCCUUGAGGAUUUCCCUUCUUUACAAGAAGAUGACAACAACUUUGUGCAUUUGCUGUGUCUUUAUCUGGUGCCCCAUGUGGCAUCAUCUUUAUGUACAUGCCAUAGUUGAGAAUAUGAGACUGCUCAAAUCUUUGUGAAUCCCACGAUGAACUUCAGCUGGGGAUGUCACACUUUCUCCUUCUCUCUCUUUCUCUCUCUCUCUCUCUUCCUCUGGCCCAGCAACUUUCAUAGUAUUAUCUAGGUACUAUGCUAAAAGGGCAGCUGUUCUAUAAAAUCAUGCUUUGCAGCUUUAGAAAGCAAAAUUCUGUAUUUCAUGGAGGGAGGGAAGGAUCACUCUCUUCUAAGAAAAAUAGACUGGACAGGUGAAUGCAUGCAUGCAUGUGUUUAGAGUUGCUUCUCAGAAGACAAAAAGGUGAUAGCAACUACUAAAAUAUAAAUGAAUGAAUGAAUGAAUGAAUGAAGAAUUGAAGGUCUAGCUCGGGCUGGUAAAGUUUUUGCCUUAGUAGAGGUUUCAUAUUAACAGCUCCAGGAGGGCAACCCUUAUCUCUGGGGUUUAAAAAAAAAAAAAAUCCCUUCCUUGAUAUUAUUCUAACAAUUGCUCUCCCCUAAUUGCUGGUGAAGGCAGAAAAAAGAAAAAAAAAUUAUAGCAUUGCCAUUGACAAAACAGGACCCUGAAAAUAAAGUGAAAUUGUCUUUUCCCUCACCCCACAGUUUUGGGAUUAAAGCCAGAAUAGGAUAGGAAAUCCAGUAAUAUUUCUGACGUUGAUACCCCAUCUUUAAAAAGAUCUUGUCUUUAAACUAAAAAUAGCAGGCAAGCAAACACCUAAAUAAUCGAUAAUUACCAAAGAAAAACAACAAAACAAGAAAACUUAAAGAUUUUUACUUCCUAUUCUUAUCCCUCUUCCUAUAACUGUGACAUCUCUUGCAUUGCUCAGUUGCCUGUGUGUCUAAAUAACUUGUGGACAUUGGAAACUAUUUGAAAAUGUAUUGUGUGGAAUGUAAUAAAAUGAUGAUAUUUUUAUACAAA